AUGACCACUUUCUCGGGGUUUCACAUCUGUGGGGCUGAUUUUGAUAAUGCAACCAAUACUCCAAGAUCUGCCACCAAAGCUCUGAACGAGCCUCUGAACUUGACCGAAGUCCUGGACGGCGUUGACUCAGAUAUACCCGCAUACUGCAACGGUUCAAAUUCUUGGAUCAAAUUCAAAGCGUCCCAAAUAGUCCCAAACUGCAGAGCUCCCGACUUCAUGCUAAAAAGCUCAAAGAUCUGGCUCUGGGGUCACACGGAGUAUGAAUUUUUACCGCGUGGAGUCCCUGCUAGGCUGGAGUUCCCCGUGAUGCGGACUCCACUGAGGGUUACCUCCAGCAGUUUCUGGCCGUGCACCAUAGCCAUUGUCAAUCUGAACACUGUUCCAGCAUCUUUUCUCAAUGGCGGCGGGACAAGAGGACCUUAUCCGAGAUCUGAUGUGGUGACAUACUACGACGUUCAGGAUGCCCUUUCCGAGGUCUGGAGCGAUUGUGUUUAUGGAAUUGAACGCAAAGUUGGUUGGGCAGCCACUGGCGAACUCGCUUGGCGUUUUCAUGUUUAA